AAACCUUAUCAUUGUUUCCCAGAUGCCCAGAUAAGUCAAAUCAAAUGUCAUUUCAAACAAUAAAAAAACAACGACAGGGUUGUUCCGUUUCAUAAAGUGGAAAUAUGUGAACAAAACAGUGAAAACCUCUCACAAUUACCAAAAAUCAAAAUUAAUAUGUUCUACAUUCUCGCAGCAUUGAUUUUACUAACUGUCAACCCCAGCAUUUCCGAAAACCCACCUGAAAAAAAGCCCAAACCAUCGCCAACUCCUUUCCAAGACUGGGACUACAUUGUGUACAGCCAGCGAUGGCCCAUCACCGGCUGUUCUCAAUGGGAAGAACGAAGCUCUCAAAACACCUGCAGUCUCCCCCAUGACAAUACCACGUGGACUGUGCAUGGACUUUGGCCCACGAAAAUCGGCGCUAACGGGCCAUUUUUCUGCAACUCGGCUAUACAUUUUGACCCCGACCAACUAGCACCGAUGAUGAAAGAAUUGCAAGAAUACUGGACGAACGUGGAAGCUAACACCAAGCCAAACUCUCUAUGGAAACACGAAUGGAACAAGCACGGGACGUGCGCCGCCAGCUUGCCGCAACUGAACAGCGUAACCAAUUAUUUUAAACAGGGUUUGGAGUGGAACCAGGAUUUUCGGUUGUCAAGUAUGCUGUCCAAGAGUAAUAUCGUUCCUAACACACAAGGGUAUAACAUCAGCGAUGUAUACAACGCUGUGAAGGUCGCAACGGGAAAGAAUCCGGAGAUCGAGUGUGUGGUUGACGGUAAGAGCAAGCAGUCUCUUAUUAGCGAAAUUCGGUUGUGUUUCAACAAAAGUCUAGAUUUGAUCGAUUGUAAUGUUUCUAAAUUCGGGGGUCAGGAUGGGGAUAUUUUGAGCAACUGCAACGGUAAUAAGAACGUGAUGUAUUUCGCAACGGUUCCUAAUAACACGUACACCGAGGAGGUCAUACGAGAUGUAUACUUUGAUGAUGUCGAUGAACCAAAUUUGGAAAUUUGUAUAGAGUACUUCAACUUUCAAGGGAGGCUACUCAAGUUAUAUAGUAUAAUUAAAUUUCUAAUGUGGUUUACAUUGUAGAUAUUUUAUAGGAAAUAUUCAGUCCAUUUGAGAAGUGUCUCAUGUGUUUACCCCAACUUUUUUUUUUUCAUUUAAUACGUAAUAGUAAAAUUGGGUUCACGGGUCGCCACAGGAAAACAGUGUCGUGACUUAAUUCACACGUUUGAACUUGAUACGCUUGUCACUUGUCAUAACGAAAGCCAAAAAAAUCAGGUUAUGUCAUUGUGCAGGGUGCAGGCACUUUCGUGAAUUGAUUCAUUACCUUGUUAAUUUUUUCGUGGCAAAAAGCAAUAUUUAUUUUAGUAAAUUUUUCCAGUCUAAAUUUCUGAAAUCAGUUGAUAGCACCGUAAGCACAUAAGUCACUCCAGACUAAUUCUAAUUUUGCUAUUCUACCCUAGUAUAAAAAACAAAAAAUAUUUUCCCUAUACCAUUAAUCUUAUUUUACCUGAGGUUUUGUGGUUCCCACUAGGAGGGUCCCCGUUUUUGUUAAACACACCACUUCAAUUAAUUGAGAUAAAACACAUAUCCCUAUAACAUCCGUUAACAAUCGAUACAGGGUUUUAGAAAACGAUAAGCACCAUAGACGACUCAUAUACGAAAAACCGGACAAAUGAAUAACGUGUACCGCAAUAUGUGUUAAUUGUCUGAUUGUCGAAAUUUUCGUUAAACAAUACUAUGCAUGGAACCCCUUAAUGUGUAACGCAUUAUGUGCGAUUUUCGUAAGAUAUGUCUUACUGAAAUUGUCUAAUGUGUUUAUAAUACAGUCGUUUGCAUUUUCACUUGACGAUAUUUUCAAAAAUUUUAACACGUAGAGUCAGGUUGAAAUAGCAGACACUGUUUCCUACUAGUUCGUUUGUUAAGCAGAAUCUUUAUGUAAUAGUAACUUGUGUAAUUGGUGUAACACAGUGUAAUAGAAAAUGUGUUUGGAUUGAUGAAUAGGAUUUUUAAAUACCAGCUGGAGAUUUCAGACAGGCAGAACACAUUGUCACUUUACGUAUGUUUUUCGUUAAAAGUGUAAAAUUGGAGACGUAACGCAUUCACAUUACCUCAGUUAUUCUUUAGGUAGAUUUUGUAAAAAGUGAUAGCGGCACAUAAUUUUUUUGUAGAGGAACCAAGGUAUUUAGAACUACUUAAGUUAGUCAUGGGAUUUAGAAAAGUCUACAGUCUGGUUUGCUUGUAUAUUUUGAAGGAACAUUGUAAAUUUAUUUAUUUUUUUAUUUUAUACAUUCCUGUGACUACCAGUGCAGUAUUUUUUACUUUGUUUUGAUUUCAUGACACAGAUAAGUUACAGUACUUACGGACAUGUUUGAGUACUGAAGAGAAUGAUUAUAUUAUAUUUGCUCAAGACAAGACGCUUCCUUCAGGAUAUGUUUAAUUUAUGUCUGUAUAAAUUUAUGUUCUGUUGUAGAAUAAAUUAUGUUGACUAUCCAGAA